AUGAGGCCUGUCUUAGGAGCUCCUGCGCCAUCUUCAGCACUCUUAAAGUUCUUGAAAUCCCAAUCUGAUGCCGCCUGCUUCUACAACCCCUUUUCACAAACUGGAUUGACCGACCACGACAUUCCUCCGACCAAGUCGCAUUCAUAUCUCAGUCGACCACACGAACCACCAAGAACUACGUCGAGAAAGCCCUAUGAUAAUGGAUCAUUGCCUUCUGCUUCUAGACAUACGAAAGAGCCCCUUCGCGUCAGAACAUGCCUUGUGAACCAAAGUGCACGAUUACAAUGUCAACCUUUGUCGAUUGGCAGAUCUCCGUAUACUCGAUUAGCACCGAAUAGCCAGCGGAAUGCCUCAUCGUGGUCAAGACCAUGGCGGUGGAUGGCUAGAUCGAAACACCAUGCAAGGCGUGGCGAAGGGGGAAAGCUAAGACCAGACGACGUUCCCCGAGGACGAGAGGAAAGCAUGGAAACUUCAGUAUUUAGCUUGGGAAGGGUUGUCUCUGCGAAGGCUGCAGCGCAACCCAAAGUUCGAUGCACGGAAUUGGACGAGUUUGGCAAUGUCACGCUUGCCAGUGGGGAGUUUAAGAAGAGUGAGCUGAUAGCAAAGUACGGACUCCUUCCUCGUGAUCUCCGCAAGAUUGAUUCCAGUCUCCUUCCACACAUCCUCGUCCGCCCUUCUGCCAUCCUCAUAAACCUCCUCCAUCUUCGAGUGUUGAUAAAGCAUAAUCGUGUGCUAGUCUUUGAUGCAUACGGCACCACAGAUUCCUACAACCAAUCUGCUUUUAUAUAUGACCUUGAAGAUAAACUGCGACAAAAGCAAACUGCUAUCUCUGCUGGAGGGCUGCCCUAUGAAUUCCGAGCUUUGGAAGCUGUCCUGGUAUCUGUUAUUACCAGUCUAGAAACCGAGUUUGAAGGUGUUCGGGAGCCAGUUGUGAGGGUACUUCGGGAAUUGGAAGAAGACAUUGACCGGGACAAGUUGAGAAAUCUACUUAUCUACUCGAAGAAAUUGGGUACAUUUGAGCAGAAAGCCAAGCUCGUCCGAGAUUCUAUAGAUGAGUUGUUGGAGGCCGAUGAUGAUUUAGCGGCCAUGUAUCUGACAGAGAAAUCUCAUGAUUUGGUUCGUGGAGAAGAUGAUCACACAGAAGUGGAAAUGUUGCUUGAGUCGUAUCACAAACUUUGUGACGAGAUCGUGCAAGAGUCAGGAAAUUUGGUGUCUAAUAUCCGAAACACCGAAGAAAUCGUCAAAGCUAUCCUGGAUUCAAACCGCAACUCUCUCAUGCUGUUGGAUCUCAAAUUCUCCAUCGGGACGCUGGGUAUUGGCUCGGGAGCAUUCAUUGCUGCAUUAUACGGUAUGAAUUUGAAAAACUUUAUUGAAGAGUCGGAUGUUGGGUUCAUAGGCGUUACUGGUUGGUGCAUUGUAUUUGCUGGAAUAGUCUGUGGCUAUGGCCUUACCAAACUCCGCAAGGUUCAGCGCGUAACUAUGUUCAACGAAUCCGGAGCGAAAGGCCGAGACUGGAUAAACGACGACACUGGUUUACAUCUUGGUAGACGAGAGCGCGAGAUGAGACAUAGAAGGUUGAAGGAGGAGAGAUUUGGUGCAUUAGAGGAGAGAAGAGUAAACCUGCUCCAGCAGAGACAAGAUGCUGCUAUUGCAGCUUCUGCCGCAUUGGGUAAGAGGGACGUCUAA